AUGACAGCCACCGAAAAGAAACAUCGCAAGUGCGCUGUGUUGAUGUGGGAAAUAAAAGUACACAAUUGUUUAGUGCAUCUGAAAUUACUGCAAAGUGAACCCGGCCUUGGCAAAUACUGUUCACCGAUGGACACGUACGGGAAGGAUUAUCAAUGGAUCGUUCAUACGCCGCACGUCGAACCGUCGGCACCAUCCAACUACUGGAAGGGAGCGGAAACUGCAGCUGUAGCGCCUGGUUACAGCUCAUAUCCGUACCUCUUCGGGGCCAAUUCCUUGGACUGGAACAAUGCCUUCCCGUUCUCCGUCGUCUACCCCGGUGGAGCUUCACCUUUCCAGGGCAACGGGCUGUGGAAUGAGACGGGCACAGAACAACCGCAGGAACAGCCGUACCGACCGUUCGGGUUCUACAUGCCAAUAGCAUCGCCGUCAUCAUCACUAUCAUCACCCACAUCAUCGACGUCGUCAUCGUUGUCGUCGUCAUCGUCGUUCGUUCCAGCGCAGAUCUCAUCACAAAUAUCGGGACCGACAGUCCCAUCUUCAAUGCAAUCGGACACUGCUCCAUAUUACAAUCCGUUGCCCUCGUAUGAUUGCAAUAACAAUACAACGAAAAGAACAUACCACCAAAUGCAGGACGAGCCGUUGCAUGCAGCCGCCUAUAACGGAGCGGUGAUACAAUCCGUUCCGAUCGACCAGAAGGCAACAGUUACAGUGACGACGCUAGAACAUCCACACAGAAAGCGCACAGCAUCACAUCCCGACUGUUCGGACGAUACAUUACUGUUGCAAACCCUUCUCGGUACAACAGCAAGCGAAGAACGCAAUGUUCGUCCCCAGCCAGGCAUACUCAAGCCGGCCAACUCCAACAACCAACCAGCCGAAUGGCACUGUGAGCUGUGCAACAAGCGCUUCGCCCGACGGAUCGGUCUCAACCAGCACAACAAGGUGCGCCACUCGGUCGAAAGGCCGUUCCGGUGCGACAAGUGCGGCAAGCGGUUCACGCACCUGGAGCUGCUCGGCCAGCACGCCCUGCAGCACGUGCGGCAGAACAAACCGCACAAAUGUGAGCACUGUCCGAAGCAGUUCUGCCAUCCGAUGGAUCUGCGGCGCCAUCAGUACCGUCACACGGGCGCGCUGCCGUACCUUUGCACGAUCUGCCGGAAAGGGUUCACCCGGCGCGAUCAUUUGCAGGCGCACGAGCAAACGCACCGCAACAAGCGAUACAAGCGAGCGUGGGGCCAGUCGGAGGAGAUGGAGGAGGAGCUACAACAGCGGGAUUUGUUGGUCGGCUGCACCAAGGGACAGGGGGGAGCUAUCCUUGGAGAGUUAUUAGUGUAACGGGGGAAACACGGUGGAUUCCUGCUGAAUCGAUCACAAAAUGUGCUUUUAGGAAGAUUACGAUAUUUAAACACGAUUCCUAGAAACGGUUAUUCUUUUUUGGGGGAGGAGAGAACAAAAAAAAACAUAGAAAAAUGUAAUUUUGACGUAAUGCCACUGGUUGACAUGAAAACGUGAUUUCGAUGUAACAGCAAUGCGUGAUGAUUAUCAUCCAUUAAUGAUCCUUGUGACAGCCACUUGGAGAGGAUCCCCUUUUUUGUGGUGCGGAAAUGUUAACACAAACGUCGUAAAGCUAAGCAAAUGCUCUAUUCAGAUAAAACAAAAUUAUUAUUUUUUAUGGUGUGAAAUUAAA